ACCCUUCUGCACAGGUUAUGAAAACCCCCUUAACUGCCACAGUUUUCUUACCUGGCUCAUCGCCUCUUGGUAAUUGCCUUGAACCUUUUCUUCGUGUACCCUAACGUGAUCUUUCUGGAUAUGUGCUGGGUUUCCCUUGUCCUGAGCUUGGUGAUUUCUGUUUUAUCAGUACCUCUACAGUUUUUCUCUUAUCUUGUUGGCACUAACUCGCUCUUUUAUCGCGUUUAAGUCACACUUGUUAAAAUUAUUUAAUUCAUGUGGCGUACUUGCUGUGUUUGGAGUGGUGGUGAUUCUUGUAAAAAUUUGUAUAGUCCUUUUAUAGGCUAUCAACUAUUUGACUUAGGGGUUUUCGCUGUAAUCGGAAAUUCUGGAUGAAGUGGACAUGUGUAGAUAUUCCUCGUAGAGAUAAUUUUUAUUCAGGACCCUCAGUGACAUGUGGAUUACUGCCUUUGAGGCUACAGUGACACCUUAAUAAAUGACUUUAACCUUGCAAUUAAAUUUCCUGUCCCUCAGUCCCUUUUAAAGAGCUUCAUUCAUUUUUCCUGGUUUCAGUUAAUUAUCCGAACUGGUGAAUAUCUUCUCAUACAUCUGAUCAAUUAAAUCUAGAGAGGGAAUGAAUGAGUGUACAGACAGGCUCUGCCACUUGUGGCUAGGUGAUGUAAUUUUUAUUCUUUCCCCAACUGCUCUUGCUCCUACCAGUUGUACCAGUUUUGCUGGAUCUGUGAAUAGAUCUGGCUUGCUCUUCUAGCCUAAGAACUUAUAAAAGGCAAAGCCUAGGUCUGCUUAUUUUUGUAUCCCACUUAUUAUGUAUAUACACUUAGUAUAAUAAAUGUAUGUAUGAAGGAAGUUAAAUACUGUUUGAAACAUGAAAGUACUGUGCUGGGCGGCCUGAACGAUGAUGAUGUAGUAUAAACUAUAACAUAUGCAGAAUUGUUUUCCAGAACUCAGAGUAGGGUUAUUACAUGAUCAUUUCCAUAUCGUGGUUCUGGAUACAGCUGACUAUACAGUUCUGUAGACUUAUAGUAACCUCAUCAUUGUUCUAAACAUUAAUUUUUGUAAUCAUCUCUUCCAAAGUGUACAGACAUACAAAUGAUUUACCACUUUAGAUUUUGUUGCAGUCAGGACUUCAUCUUUUCUCUCCCAGAUUUCCCCUUCACUUGUGUUCAGCUACUAACUUGAUUCACAUUAGUGUCUAGGUGCUUAUUAAUAUUCCUUCUGUAAAUUAAGUUAACACUGUGUACUAGGGAUGAAUUAUUAGAAUGAUUUUUUUUCUUUUCUGAGACAGUUUCUCUGUGUAACCUUGGCUGUCCUGGAACUCACUCUGUAGACCAGGCUAGCCUUGAACUCACAAGAAAUCUUCCUUGCCUCUGCCACUCAAGUCCUGGGGCCAAAGGUGUGUGACACCAUCUCUACCCAGCAAGAAAGAAAUUCUUUCUUUCUUUUUUCUUUUUGUGGCAGGGUUCUCUGAGUAACAGUCCUAGCUGUUCUCGACUCACUUUGUAAACCAAACCAAGCUGAUUUUGAACUCACAGGGAUCUGCCUGUUACUGCCUUUUGAAUGCUGGACUUAAAGGUGUGCACCAUUAUGCCCUUUGAAAGAUUUUCUUAAAAGAAAAAAAAAAUUGUCAUCAUUGCUAGAAUUUGAUGGCAUCUAAGGACUUCGUAUAGAAUCUUGAUUUGUUGUUUUUGAUGUUGUGGUUUGUUUUUUAAAUCUCUUCUUGCAUCAUUGCUAAAGAAGGUACUAGACACAUACCAAAGAAGCAGGAUGUAUUGGCAUUAAGGUAUAAAUAUGGAGCUUUAAUCAUCUAAAAAUGUAUGAGCUAGGGUAGAUAACCCAAAGCUAGUUGGAAGUUAUUUUUCAGUUGCCUGGGUGAAUCUUUGGACAAUGGUGUUCGAGGGAUGUGAAGCUGUGUUUGGGAAGUGCACUUCCUGAGAGAUUCUUGGGUCCUUCCUUUUACCCAUCUAUGUGAUUUUAUGCAAGUCAUUUAACUUUUUGAAUUAACUGAAUUUCUAGCUUGUUUUCCCCUUUCACAUCUCUAAAAUGAAAAAGAAAUUAAGUGGGAUUAUUCUACUGGAUACUGAUUUUUUUUUUUUUUUUUUUUUUGAGAGAGAGAGAUACUUGCUAUAUAAUCCAGAGUGGCCUUAAACUCAGAAUAUUUCUACCUCCCAGGUUGUACUAGACUUUUAAGUUGGCAUUUUCCUUUUUUAAAAAGGUGGGCUAAUAACAAUUAGAAAGUGACUUUGGUUGCUAGGAUAUUUUCCCCCGCUGUAAUCUGGACCCUAAAGGAUUCUACGCUAGGGCAGGAGGAGUAGCUCAGUGGUUAAGAACUGUGAUUUCUCUUCCAGAGGACCCAGGUUUAGCUCCCUCCAUCCACAUCUCACACCCAUCUGUAGCUCCAGUUCCAGGGGAUCUGAUGCCCUCUUUUCACCUCUACAAACACUGGACAUUCACAUGGUGCACAGAUACACAUUCAGGCAAAAUACACAUACACAUACAUACACAUGAAGUAAAAUAAAGAAAUAUUGAAAAAAAUAAAGAAUUCUACCCUAUUAAAGAAAGGGAAAGAAGAGCCUAGAGAAAUUCUAGAUAGAAGCCAGUUGCCAAAUUAGCAUUUAGAAAUGUAUUUGAAACCUAAACCCUUUGUGGGUCUUUCCUGGCAGCCUGAAUACUCUGCUCACUCAAGCAGCAUUCCUUCUGGUGUACUCUGUUAUUGUGCCAAUUGAGAAUGCCUGUUGACAUCACAUAGUUUCCUGAAUACUUUGAGGACUCAAGAUGGCCGUGGAUUUGAUAAUCAAGUACUCAGUCUCCUUAAACUAUGGCGUUAAAGCAGGUGUUUUCCAAGCAGUUAGGGUUUUAACAACCCCCAACCCUUUUCUGGGGGAAUAUACUAUCUGUAAUUUCACUUUCUCCAGUUUUGGUUGCAGUCAGCUAUAUUUAGAAAAUAAAUGGAAAGUUCUAUAUUUUGAGACAGAUGACAGUCUUACGAAUACACGCACACAGGUGUGUCUCACUAUAUAGCUGUAGAUGGCAUAGAACUCACUAUGUAGACCAGGCUGGCCUCUAACUCACAACAAUCUAUCUACUUCUGCCUCCCAAAUCAUUCUGUUUUUAUUACUGUUGUUAAUCUCUUGUUCUAAUUCAUGAGUUAGACUUUCUUAGAUAUAUAUGUACAGGAAAUGUAUAUGUGUCAAUAUAAUUCAGUACCACAUGUUUCAGACAUACUGGAAGCCUUGGAACAUAUCUCCUGUGUGAGGGGGACUUAUAUAUAGAUGAAAGGAGCUUUGGUUUAAGCAGGUUUGGUUUGGUUUGGUUCAGUUGCUUGGUUUGGCACUAAGGAUUGCGUAACGGACCUUGUACAUACUAUGCCAGGAUUUUCCAACCCCCUUUUCAGCAGUUUGGUGGAUAAUAGUGGGGAGUAGGGGGUACCUUGUACAACUGAAAGUAUUCUUUGAUUGUAUUCAGUAAAUUUUGUAGAGGAAUUUUAAUCCAGCAACAUGUCUGCUCUGGCAAGGGAUCACAUCCAAAGACCUAAGUCAGUCUGAUCUGGCUGGAAUCCAGGCAUACCCUUAAUAUACACACUUAAUCCCUCUUACUGGAAUACAGACAUGCCUUUAGUACACAUUUUUAAUCCCAAACAAUAACAUAAUUGAGGGACAGACAAAGUUACAAAUCAGAGAAAGAUUUGACAGAAUGUGUCAGUGAUAGGAUAGCUUAACUCUCAUGAGAACAGAUAGGAAGGAGAAGCCACUUAAGAGCAGUGCAGACAGAAAGAACAUGUUUCAUGGAGACAAUACAAUAGAGUUGAGGAGUGCAGUACAGUUUGGUGCAGCUGAGUUUGUGGAAUUCAGAGGCAGUUUUUCCUAUGCCUGUUCUGGCUCCCAAAUAAUGGCAUGGAGACUUAUUACAUUUAUUAAUAACCUUUAAGCACUAUAGCUGGGCAGAUACUGAACUAUUCUAACCUGUCUGUGUUGCCCUGACCUGCUUCCCAGCCAUGUGCCCCAUUACCUGCCAUCUUAAUCUUGUCCUGGGUGCUCCUGUUCCGUCUUUUUCUUCAUAGCCUCCUUCCCAUGCUGAUCUUCCCCCUCUCUCCCACCCUCUACCUGGGACCCUCCACAUGGGAUCGCAAGUCCUGCCUCAACUCUCCUGCCCAGUUAUCAGCUGUUCAGCUCUUUAUUAACCAAUCAGACGUGAUGGAGAACACUUUUUUUUUUCCCCCAAGACAGGAUUUCUCUGUGUACUGUGUAGCCUUGGCCUGGACUUACUUUGUAGACCAGGUUGGCCUUGAACUCACAGAGAUUCCCCUUGCCUCUGCCUUCCCAAGUGGUGGGAUUGCAGGCAUAUACCACCACCAAGGCUGCCUUGCAUGGAAAGCAUUUUUUACACAACGUAAAGCAGAAGAUGCUUCAGUAAUGACAGUGCUCAUGUUCGACUGCAACCAGGCCUCUGGGCACAGAGAUCAGCAUCUGAGCACACAGCACAAACCAUCCCCCAACAGAGCAAGUCAGUGAAAAAUGGAGAGAAGCCAGCUUGAAUCAUCAGCUUCAAGAGGAGUUCUGAACCAGAACAACUGAGUUUAACCAGCCAGCCAGAGUUCAGAAAGAACUAGAAAGGGAUUUUGUAUCUUUGCUAAAGCCAGUGAUGUGAAAAGACCUGAAAUGGAUGACACUGCUGAUGGGGUGAAGAUGGAUGCUGGAGAAGUGACCUUAGUGAACCACAACUCCGCUUUCAAAGCCCACCUCCUGCCACAGGCAGGUUUUCCGAAGAACCAGCUUUCCGAACAGCAGAUCUUGCCCUUCAGGCAGGGGACUUCAGACAGACCUUUCACGUGUUCUACAAGAAGUGCAGCUUAUAAUCCAGAUUAUUACUCAGAUAACCCUUCCUCAGACAGUUUCCUUGGCUCAGGUGACCUACGGUCCUUUGGUCAAAGUGCAAAUGGACAGUGGAGAAAUUCCACUCCAGCGUCAGUGUCAACGUUACAAAAACCAAGAAAUAGCCGAAGUCUUUACCUCGAAACCCGAAAGACCUCAAGUGGAUUACCAAACAGCUUUGCAGGAAAGUCAAACCAUCACUGCCAUGUGUCUGCAUAUGAAAAGUCAUUUCCCAUUAAGCCUGCCCCAAGUCCGUCCUGGAGUGGCUCAUGCCGGCGAAGUCUGUUAAGCCCUAAGAAAAUUCAGAGGCGACAUUUCAGCACAGCAGAAGAGACAGUUCAAGAAGAAGAAAAAGAGAUCUACAGACAGUUGCUGCAGAUGGUCACAGGGAAACAGUUCUCUGUAGCCAAGCCCACCACACAUUUUCCUUUACACCUGUCUCGGUGUCUUAGUUCCAAUAAGAACUCUUUAAAAGACUCACUGUUGAGAAAUGGAAGCUCUUGUGCGUCUCAUGUCAUUGGCUCUGAUACUUCAUCCUCUGGAUCUGCCAGCAUUUUACCUGCACAGGAGCAUUUGUCCCACACUGCACAUUCCCUGUCACCUGGUACCCCAGAUGUUUCGUUUGGAUCCAAAGACUCUGAUUCCCACCAUCACCUCUCUGCUUCUCAUCAGCCAGAUAAUGUACCAGCAUCAACUACACAAUCUGAAGGAUCAGACUCUGUGAUUUUACUCAAAGUGAAAGAACCUCAGAUUCCCCCUUCCAGCCCUAUUUUCUUCCAGGCAGAGCUGUGGAUCAAAGAAUUAACUAGUGUUUAUGAUUCUCGAGCUCGGGAAAGAUUGCGCCAGAUUGAAGAGCAGAAGGCACUGGCACUGCGGCUUCAAAACCAGAGACUGCAGGAACAGGAGCAUGCGGUACUUGAUUCUGUAGAACUGCACCUUCGUGUACCUCUUGAAAAGGAGAUUCCUGUAACAGCUGUCCAAGAAACGAGGAAAAAAAGUCACGAAAUAACUGAUAGUGAAAAUGAAUUUCCUGAAAUUACAGAGGAAAUGGAGAAAGAAAUAAAGAAUGUUUUCCGUAAUGGUAACCAAGAUGAAGUCCUCAGCGAAGCGUUCCGCCUGACCAUUACACGCAAAGAUAUUCAAACUCUAAACCAUCUGAAUUGGCUCAAUGAUGAGAUCAUCAAUUUCUACAUGAAUAUGCUAAUGGAACGCAGUAAAGAGAAGGGAUUUCCAAGUGUACAUGCAUUUAAUACCUUUUUCUUCACUAAGUUAAAAACUGCUGGUUAUCAGGCGGUGAAACGGUGGACAAAGAAAGUGGAUAUAUUUUCUGUUGACAUUCUUCUGGUGCCCAUUCACUUGGGGGUACACUGGUGUCUAGCUGUUGUAGACUUCAGAAAAAAGAGCAUCACCUACUAUGAUUCUAUGGGCGGAAUUAACAAUGAAGCCUGCAGGAUCCUCUUGCAAUACCUAAAGCAAGAAAGUGUCGACAAAAAAAGGAAAGAGUUUGACACCAAUGGCUGGCAGCUCUUCAGCAAGAAAAGCCAGGAAAUUCCACAACAGAUGAAUGGAAGUGACUGUGGGAUGUUUGCUUGCAAAUAUGCUGACUGUAUUACCAAAGACAGACCAAUCAACUUCACACAGCAACACAUGCCAUAUUUCCGGAAGCGAAUGGUCUGGGAGAUCCUCCACCGGAAGCUGUUGUGAAGACUGUCUCAGUGAGCAGACAUCAGCAGUGUCGGAGACCAGCGCUUUGCCAUCGACAUCCAGAGACCUUGGAAACAGCUGCUCCUAACCCCCUGUUCCUGUACAGCCCUUGGUCCUGGACCAGACCAGGCGAGAUGCAUUCACAAGCACAUCUGCCUUUCCUUUUGUAUCUCAGAUACUAUUUUUGCAAAGAAACUUUGGUGCUGUGAAAGGGGUGAGGGACAUCCCUACGCUGAAGAAAGAGAGUGCUUUUCACUUCAGUUCUGCCAUCUUGUUUUCAAAGGGCUCCAGCCUCACUGAGUCCCUAACUAGGAGCCCAAGGGAAACUCGGAAGAAUCUUGGUUUCAUAUAAACUCUUGUUGCUAGGCCUUACCGAGAAGUAGGAAAAAGAAAGGACAGCAGGAAGGGAUAAAAACCACCAGCAAGUAGACAAACACAUGAUUCCCAAGAUGCAGACUUAGGAAUGGGACUAUAGACUGGACACUGAGGCACAAGCUUGUGUCCCCUCCUCCAGAACCUUCCUGUUUAUGUGCCCCGGUUUGAAAAUGAACUGCUUUUCCUCAGAGCUGUUUUCUCACUGGUACAGCCAUCCCAUCGUGAGCACACUGCACAAGCCCCGGCAGGCCCUAAAGUUGAAAGCAGCCCUUUGUGCCAGUGUGCACGUGCUGUGGGAGGACCCCCCGCAAGUGCUGAGCGCAGCAACAAGGCCCCAGCUUCACUGUUGCCUGCUUCUGACUAGGAAGAAAGACCUUGGCCUUUAGCAUCAAACAUCAGAGUUGGAUGAAUACAGAUCUAGUUGGUCUGUGGCUAGUUAGUUUAAAUAUGUUUCUAACCACAGAGAAUUUUAUAUACAUAUAUAUCUAUAUGUGUGUAUACAUACAUAAUACACACACACACAGUGUGAAAUAUAUAUUUCACAGGGAUAUGCUUUUAAAAGAGAAAGAGACUGAAUGUGUUCACCAUUUAGUCUGCAGGUUUAUUUUCAUCUUUCAAAUCCCAGCACACAGUGAUCCCAAUAAGCCCUGUGUACUGGGCAUCUGUAGACUUCCUAAGAAUAUUUUGAGACCUGGAUGAAUCUGGUUUAGGAGUAAAGGUUAUCAAGGGAAAUGAUGGUGUCAGCUGAAAAAUGGGUGGAGCUUGGACUGAUCAACUUUAGACUGAUAAACUGCUAGUUCUUUUGUUCUUUCUAGCAUCUCUCCCACCCUCCCAGAGCUCCUAAGGUUUAGAUGGUGAGAUGACCCAAUGCCAGUGUCAUUUUGUACUUAAGUUCCAAGGCAGGAACAUUUUAUACUUUUUCUGUAUUGUAAUAGGUAGUUUUAUAUAAAAUCUUUUCUCCUCUUCCCCUUGUACCCCAUCCCUUCCAGCAUUGUGCUUUCUCCUUGGGCUUAUUUGAAAAUUUUACUCUGUUUUAUACCAGGCUUGUUUAGUAUACAUUUUUCUAUGUUUUACCACAAGUUACAAUUUGAAAACAACUAUUUUUUUUAAUAUUCCAUUGUUAAACUGAAUGUGACCGUGUCCACUCCAGCAACCAUGUCCUCCCUCUUCCCUUUCUCCCUGCAUGUUGGAGGACGAGACCCCUUUGUACAUUUGUUUCUUUCUUGCUGCUUCUCCUCUUUCCUCGCUUUUUCUUUUGAUUUUCCAUAGGAAAUAAAUAGCUUUCUCUCUAUGAGUUGCUGGGACCUUUUACACUCUCCUUUAGAAAACUGUGGCAUGCAGACUCACAGUAGGACUCCUAGAGUAUCAUUCGAUUCUUGGUACUUACUAUAUUUAAGUGACAGCUUACACUGCGGCAGUUUAGACUGUUAAUCUAAAGACAAGCUUUAGCUUUUCAGGCUUUUUUUUUUUUUUUCCCACUAUUAUCUGGGGCUCACCACAAGAUAGUUUUCUGUGUUUGUUGUUUGUUUGUUGUUUGUUUUAUUUUUCUCAGAGACUUUUUGUAUGGACCAAAGCAACUAAUAUUUAUUGUCAUGUAUAGCAGAAUAUGAGACAUGCAACAAAAGCACUUUGCAAAUUAUAUAAAAUUAUUGAGCUGUCUGAAGCUGUCUCCCUUCUCCAAUGCAGUUUAAAUGUAUCAGGUAAAAGCUAGUGAUCCUAAGGCUACUGUGUCUCCCUAGAGGGUCAGGCUGUGGCAGGAUAGCUUAGUGGGAACCAAAUGCAGCCUUUAUAGUAGGCCAUUCUUAGAGAGCCAGCCAGCAGGAGCAGGACAAGUAUCUGGAAACUUCCUUAAUUCAAGAGUAAGCUUUGAUGACCAAGACUGAGGAUGUUUCUGUAUUUCAUGGACAAGAGUAUGCUACCAGUGUCUUGCUCAAGUUGUUUUAAACGAAAUAUGCCUAUUUUUUUCCUUCUCUUUGUCUCUUUUUUUCUGUGUUCAAUACCCAUCUCCCCUCCCUUACAAAAGAAAUAUUUGAAGGCUGAUAAGCAUGACAUGGCAGUCAUAUACUCCUCAACAAAACCCAUGAUCCCAGCAGUCAUCCCUGGCCUGAGGGCAGAGAAAAGAAGACUUUCUGCCUUUUGAGAACAUGUGCUGCGGUGUGUGGAAGCUAAUCCGUUCGAUCACUUGAGACUACUGUGGCUCCCAGGAGUCCUGUGUCGGGUUCGGUGUAGUUACUUUCCACCAUCAUAAGGCCUAGCAACUUGCUGUCAGUUCACUCUCCUAUGGGCGGCAAGCACAACCUUCUAUUCUUAGCCAGUGUAGUCAUAGUAGUCUCUCCUGCUCACCGCCCUCAGCACUGCUGGCUUUAGUGUUUAAUGGUUCAAGGGCACAGCAGAUAACCUGGUAAGGGUUCCCACCCGUCCAUCUCACAGCCUGCCCAUCAUCACCACCCAGUUUUACACAGCCCAUGCUAUGAUCGAUCACUAGAUUAAGAAGGAGAAGGUUCAUUAAAGAGCUCCUUUGUUUUUAAAUCUUAACCUCCCAUCUUUCAAAAACCAUCAGAGUGAAAAGUGGCUAACUCUUGAUUGCCUCAUUUUGUUUUUCCUUGCUCUGUCUGCGUGGCCAAUGCUAGGUGGAGUAAGAUACUUAAAGCUGAAGGUCAGUAUCAACACGGGCUUGGUGGUAGAAUCAAGGCUACACAAGAACCUUGCUACAUCCAGCGUACCUAGAUGCAGGCCUUUGUUCCUUCUGAGCUGAGGAACAGCCAUCCAUUAUUUGACUUCUAAAGAUGGCCUUAUCCCUGAGAGCCAGUUUCUAGGAAAGGCAAAUGGGAGCGAGGUACCCAAGAGCGCAGGCUCCAUUCUGCUCGGGCACCCUCAUUCAGUAAUAGUCUUUUCCUAAGUAUGUACACCCAGAUCUGAUUUAAAGCCCUCCCUGGUCUCACUAUCUUACUCUUGUCCGGACUUGUAUAGUCCUAAUGAGGGAAUGGCCUAACUUCCGCCUGCUGGUCUUGUCAUCUGCCUUUCUCAUUGGGGCGGACCAGAGCAUGCAACUGACUGUCAAGGCCAGGAGAAUGGAUGGUACUGUUUGCUCUAGCCCGGAGCACAGGCUUCUGUGUUCUGUUCUGUCAAGGAUGCACCGGGGCUCAUUCUCUGGAACUUCGCUUUAGAAUACUAGUGUUGUGAGGGUGUGAGGAAGGGUUGGUUCCUCAUCGUAACUUCCAAAUGCUGCAGUCCCAGAGCGUUCCCUCUGCUCUCCAACAGUGCUGCACUCGGCCUUCAACAAAAGCACUUCAUUAGUUCAUCAUGCUGCCCUCUGGGGUUCUCGGGCUCUACCCCACAAGGCUCAUCAGAACAUCUUAACCCUGUAGGUAGGUUCCUCUUCCAUCCUGUGUAUUGACAAGGAUAUCCCUUGCAUAUUCAGACGAUGGGUCCCUUUCUCUUUGUCUUGCCCUCUAAAGGCACUUGCCUUACCUGAAACUCACUGGGUAUUUUGUAAGUGUGAGGCCAACCACUGAACUUAGGGGUUCUGGCGGGUGAGAAAAGACAGUUUCACAAAGGAAAUAAAAGCCACCUUGUCCUCAGGGUCUUCGAGUCUGUAAGUUUAUAGUUUGCCUGAUCCAGGAGGCCAAGCAAACACAAAUAUACCUUGUGGAGAAUACAGGCUUAUUAGCUGAAGUGGAGGAAAGGACGGAGGUAGAUGUGUCAGGGAUGAUGUUGCCUUUAUCUCUAUCUGUGACUCCUAGGGGUUUUUUGUUGUUGUUUUUUUAAUUGAUUUAUUUAAAAUAAAUUCUGUGGAUUUUG